GACCCUGUUUUGUUUGAAUGUUUAUAAAGAAGACCAUGGAGACUUCCUGUUGGAGAAGAAUGUUUAAGAUUGAAAUAUGGCGGUCCAGCUCACCGUUGCCGUCUCGGGCGCAGACGAGCUGUGUCCUGUCCCCAGGGGAAACUGUUCAUGUGAAACUGUGGAAACGCAAGGCCAAUACUGUCCACUCUGCACCUGCAAGCCGGAUGUUACGGACGUAAUGUGUUUAUUGAAUGUUGAUGGCGGCUGGUCGGCAUGGAACACCUGGAGCGACUCCAGCUGCAACUGUGGUGUGGGGUACCGGACCAGAUCUCGCACCUGCGACAACCCCCUGCCCAUUAACAACGGGACGCUGUGUGAGGGGCCUCUAUGGGACAUACAACCAUGCUGCAGGGGCACCUUUGACUGUGACUUUGAGACUGACAUGUGUGGCUGGACUCAGAAUUCUCAACUUCAAGAUAACUUUGACUGGACACGACAUCGGGGAUCCACAGGUUCUGUCGACACAGGACCAUCUUUUGACCACACAAUGGGGACGAACAUAAAUGGCCACUAUGUGUACAUUGAGACAUCCUCAGCAGGCGCUGGUGACAAGGCACUACUGUCCAGUCCUACAGUCACCACCGACUGUACAAAGUACCUGCGCUUCUGGUACCACAUGUAUGGCAGCGCCAUCGAGACGUUGAACGUGUAUGUAAGGACAGGGUCUUCUCUUCCAACAGUCCCUAUCUUCACUAGGACAGGCGAGCGGGGCAACCAGUGGCUCCGUGCUGAAGUAGAAAUCAGCAUCACCGGCAGUUACCAUGUGGUCAUAGAGGGAAUCAGAGGGUCAGGCAUCACUGGGGACAUUGCGCUGGAUGACAUCACACUCCAGGCAACUGGUACUUGCACAACAGGUUGUUGCCGCAAUAACCCGUGUCAAAACUACGGGACUUGUGUCGAAGAUGCAGCAACUGCAACAGGAUACACAUGCCUCUGUUUGGACGGAUGGGAGGGGGAAAACUGUACCCAGGAUGUAGAUGAGUGUCAGAGCAGUCCCUGUGGCCCUGGUACCUGCCAUGACCGGCUCAACGGUUACCUCUGUCAGUGUCCAUGGGGCUACGAAGGAAUCCACUGCGAAGAAGCAGGAGAUUUGCUAGUGGAGUGUUCGAAAGUUGAAGUUUGCGAGCACACCAUACAAGUCGAGAUUCCUUCAGGCAGCUGUAGGGUGUAUGCCAAUAUCGUGGAAGGAAAUUGGAAGUAUGAUGUACCCAUUCGGCCCAUCUACAGCAAAAAUAACGCCUUCCGUGGUGACGUGGAUCUGACGAGUUGCCCCGGUGGUACCAUCACUGGGUACCAGUGGUACGUUUUUGAGGAAGUACUGAUUGGUGGAGCCACUGUGUACAACGUACUCAAUUUGAACAUCAGGGCUGAUGAAGUGGAGUUGGUGCUACCCAGCCAGUCACUGUGGCCUCAGAAGUACAUGAUUCAGUUUCAGGUCACUGUACAAAACCACACAACUGAUCACAUGAAGGUAUAUGCUGUGGCACGAACAUGGAUCGAAAUGUUCGCAUCGCCGUUGGUGGUAACGCUUGGACCAGCGCUCGUCACCCGUUACGCUCACGGUGACCUUUGGGUGAGCGCUGAAGGUUCUUGGGAUCCUGAAGGUUUAGCCGACCCAUCCGAGUGGAGCUACCUUUGGACAUGUAAUUGGACUCAUGGUGGAGCUGUUGAAGACUGUGCUGCACAAGAGACAGAGAGACCAGAAGUACAGCUAGGCAGGGACAACAGUCUGCCAGAGAAGACAACAUACAGCAUCACAGUCGUAGCCUCCUAUCCAGGAAGGGGUGGAGUCACAGCGUCUCAGACAGUGAUCCUCCAUGACUGCUCAGCUUGUCAAUUAUCCAUCAAGUGUGUCAGGAACUGUGACCAGACUGGGCUGGACCAGACGGCCCCUCUCCUACUCAAGGCUGUCCCUGGAACAAACACUACCGCCAUGUACCAGUGGUCAGUUGUGGGGUCCCCAGGUGCCUUUACAGGCCUGCCAACCACAGUAGAUGUGACAAGGGAAACACUUAAUGUGGAAGCGAACGUGUUUGAAGCUGGAGAAGAGUACAGCGUUACCUUAGUCAACCACAUUCAACAGUGCAGCGAUGAGAGCGCUGUAUCAACAUGGGUGUUCCGAGUGAGACCAGGUGUCCGCCUCGGUAACGACAGCAUCACAUGUGAUAUACACCGUGACGGCUCAGGUGGAUGCGUCUGUUGCGAAGAAGUCUUUGAUGAACUUGGCCCAGUGACCUACAAAUUUCUCAUCAUUGCGCCAUACGAUAAAGACAGAGGCCAAGUACAGUUUCCAGAUAACAGCACCUUUUUGGAGACUACAUUGCCACUAACACCUUAUGAAACAAUGAUUCCAAGGUACUGUCCAGACGUCCUGCCACAAGUUCCCAUCAUCGUGCAAGUUUGGGUCUCAGCAAUCGAUGGACGACUACUGGUAGAGAAGAACAUAACAGGAAGUUUGUCUGAAGAAGAAGAAGCACCUCCUGCCGAAGUUAUCGAGACACUAGCCAGAACUGAGCUGAGAGAUAUGGGUACCAUCCAAAACGUAGCGACACUCAUCACUCUGGGUUCUGCCAAAAAUCUGGAUUUAGGAUCUAAGGCUACUGCCGCAAAGACGCUUCAGGCAACGGCAGAGGCAUUGAGGGCCAUAACAGAAUCUGGUUCAGAUGUGUCAGUGGCAGACAUUAACCUUGUCACAUCUACCAUAUUUACAGGAAUGACCCAUAUGUUGGAAGACUCAUCGAAUACGUCCUCAAAUGUCAAAGAUACUGAAGAGGUGAAGCAAAUUGCUAGCGCUGCGUACAACACAAUGGAUGCCACAGCGGACGUGUAUCUCUCCCUUAUGACCGAGGAGGGAGCUACAGCAAUUCUUCACAUGCCAAACCUUCACUUCAAAGCACAGAAAGGAGGAUGCCAAGAAGAGCAAAGGAAGAUACUUGUGGUGCAAGAUUUGGUGGUGGUAACUCCAUCAUUCCGUGACCUGUCUUCUGAGUGCGGUGAAGACAAUACCGUAGGUCUUGUGUUGACGGAAGCCAACUUCAACACUUUAAAAUACGCGGGCAACUCACGGGAGAUCCGAUCCGAGGUUGUGAGUAUGGCGGUCCGUGUUGGGGGAGAGAUCAAACCGGUCGACCAUCUCCCCGACCCCAUUGACAUGAUCAUCCGCCGGGAUGAGCAGGACAUGGCCAGCACCAUGUUCACUCAUGUCGGCAGGAUUGUAUCCGAUAGUGACUUUGCUGUUGCAACGUUCCGUCCACAGAAGUCCGGAACUGCUCUCAGCAUCUACCUGGACGUUGAGCAAACCCCAGAACCUCGAGAUAUUCGCCUGGUUCUGCAAAAUGAAUUAUCAGACUCAAUUUCAGAAAUUGACUAUGACAAAAUCAGCUUGACAACCGUUCUGCCUGUGCCACAGCACGAGUUGUUCACACUACCGUGGAUGUACAAUGGCACAGAGGGCAACCUAACGGCCAGUCCCUACUCCUGGCUGAUACUCCCUGAAAAGGGACCAAUAAAUGUCAACCAGAACGCAACCAACACUACCUACUUUUUACACAUACUUCAUGAUACCAAGAAUGACAUCUCCAGAGCCAAGGUGACGAGUAAGUUUACAGUCAGCAUACUGGAAACUGCUUGCGUGUACUUUGGAGAAGAGUCACAGCAGUGGCUGAGCGAUGGAUGCAAGGUGGGUCCACUGUCGAAUACCACCCACAUCCACUGCCAAUGUGACCACCUGACCAAGUUUUCGGGAUUUGUUCCCCCGAACCCACUGAACUUUGACCAAGUAUUCAGCGCCAGUAUUGCUGAAAACCAAGUUGGUCUCAUCGCCGUUCUGGCUGUACUUGGACUGUUUGUGAUGGGCUGCCUGUUGGCGAGGAAGGCAGACAGGGCAGAUCUGCAGAAGGUCGGUGUGACCAUACCAACCGGUCUUCGGCUGAACUCCAACAUUGACAACCAGUACAUCAUAACAAUCUACACAGGGUACAGGGCAGGUGCUGGGACCACUGCACAGGUUUCCAUUGCCCUGUUCGGGUUUAUGGAUGAGAGCGAGCCCAUCCACCUGUGUGACAACAGGCGGGUGCUGUUUGAGAGCGGCAGCGAGGACUCCUUCCUGGUGUCCACGGAGAGCCGCCUCGGCAUGCUCACACACGUCCACGUCUGGCACAACAAUGCUGGCUUCAGCCCUGGAUGGUUUCUUAGCAGGGUCGUGGUGAAACAUGUACGUUCUGGUCACCAGGACUACUUCCUCUGCAACAGGUGGCUAGCUCUAGAAGAGGAUGACGGCAGAAUCAACCGUAUGAUUUUUGUUGCGACCCCGGAAGAGAUGGCCAGCCUAUCAAACCUGAUCAUGAGCAAGAUGUCAAAAGACGCCCAUGAUGGCCACCUUUACUACUCCAUGGUCGGCCGUCCCGCCCGCAGCAGCUUCAGCCGUGUGCAGCGCCUGACGUGCUGCAUGUGCACGGUAUACUGCACCAUGGUCACCAACAUCAUGUUCUUUGGACAGGGAGACAAGUUUGACCCACCAGAACCCAUCAGGUUCAUGGGUGUGGAGUUUGAACUCCCAAUCAGCUUACCUGAGGUACAUAUAGGCUAA